CAGGGCAUCUCAACUGUUCGGCAGGAAGAAAAGGGAAGUGUCUGAUGUUGUGGCUCGGCAAGCGAAGGAGAUUGAACAAUUAAAAGCCGAAGUCCAAUCCCUUAAGCAGCAGAGGAACGCUGCCGAACAAGAGGAAGAAGGAGAGGUGGCUGGUGAGGCGUAUGUUCCACAACCAUACGCUCCUCAGGAUGAGGUACAACCACAAAUUUAUGCUGAGGAGUUCAUUUCCCUCAACGACCAAGGUAUCCUAUACAAUUUUGAUGACCAAGCGGCCCUUACUCAGCAAGUACAUCUCUGCUCUGACAACAUCGACAAUAUUGUGGCCCGAGGGUAUUUGUACGAGCAUGUGGGUGUGGUCAAAGUUCACUGCCAGGAUUACGAUGAUUCACAUGCUCGGAUCAUGGUUUCAGAAAUCCUGCAAGAGGACGCUGAAAUCCCAGUCCCACUUGAAGAGUUCAGAUAUGUUAGGGACGUGUACCAGAUGUUCCUUCCUUGGCCUAAACACUUAAUUUUAACAACCGAGGGUCCACUCGCUCAACCGCCCUCAAGACGUGAUGCGUCAAAGGGGAAAGCUCCGAUGCUUUCUCCACAAAGCCGUGGUGCACGGGAAGAUGAGUUGUUCACGGAAGAGAAGAUGGCGUUGAUCCCUAAUUCGCUGAAAUGGAUGAUUCAUGAAUUCCUAAGGCUCAAAGAUAAACGUGAUAUAAUCACAAUUCCUGUCCCCCGAGGAUUCAUUGCACCGCGUACCCAGAUCACGUUAUCUGGAGAGGAUUUGCAGCAGGUUGCUACGUGUGACUACAUCGGCAACCAGGGAAUGCUGUUUGGAAUGAUGCACAUAUGGGAGAGCAUCAACGGUCUGAGAAAAAUUUUCAAGUUUUACGACCCAGAGCUUCUCACAGUGCAUGGGAUCAGCGAUGAAGAACAGAGUCAGUCUUUUGACGAUGCGGCAAGACGAUUGGCUAAUUGGUUAUCAUUAAUGAACAGCAACCACCAAAUGUUCUUUAUUCCUUGGAAUAUCGGGAUGCAUUGGACGCUAGUGGUGGUUGCGCCAAAGAAAAUUAUCCAUUUAAACCCUCUAAAAGGCCGCCCAAUUCCCGAAGAAAUAGAACAAAUGAUCGGAAGGGCAUUCAUGUAUAUAGGGGACGCACAUCAGUAUCUUGGCCCGUGGCAAGGAAUUGCACAAGCAAACUGUCCAAGACAACCUAAAAGCCAAGAAUGCGGUUUUUAUGUUUUGAAAUAUAUGACUGACAUCGUCGCACGUGCCAACCCCAACCGUUACAUAGAAGAUCAAAAAGCUUUUGGGGGUAAGAAGCAAUACGAUCCAAAAACAGAAAUUUUACCACUACAGCGAAAGUGGAUCGAACAAUUGAUGGCGGUGAUUCACGGUGACGAUUGAGGUUCAAAGGUCGAAGAAUUUUUCUUCAUUAUGUAAUUUUUAUAGAUUAACUUGUAAUUAGAUUUAUUAACUUAUUAAUAUUUUUAACUAAUUUUACAUGUUUGUGUAAUAUUUAAUUAUUUUUAUGAAAUCAAAUUAUGUUUU